AGGGCUUAUGAAUGCUCAUGGAAGUGGAUAAAAAUGUAUCACCCUGUGAUAUUUUGCACAAGGUUGGUAACCCUGAAGAUCUUCUUUCACUGCAAAACAAAGGGUCAUUCUUCUGAAGAUGUUUCGUAUAUCCUCAUUUUUAAAUGUUGUUUAGAAGAGGAAGGAAUGCCGUGGUUUAAGCGAUAUGGACAGGAGACGGAAAUACUGGGUAGAAAAGGGCAGUUCCCUGGCAAAGCCUCACCCUCAAGCCUGGAUACCUGCUGUCUUAAACGAAAACAGGCAUUUCUGUGUUCAUGCUCCAAAAGUUGUCUUUUGGCCCGCCACACCCCCUAUCCUGCACCCAUAUGAAUCCCGAACCCCAGACUCCAGAAGCAGACCAGCAAGCCCGCAGACCAGCAGAAGGAUGGCAGAACGAUGUGGCAGAGAAAGGGAGAAGAGGAGGAACAUCUGAAUGCCAAAAUGAGUUCAGCUCAGGGCAGUCAGAGAGGAGUCCAGCCACUGGGCAGCCGGAAUCCAGGGGAGGAUCACCUUUCCACUUCAUCCCCUUUCUCUGCCUCCCCAUCCAUCCUGCUGAAAGCCACCUCCACCACUCAAUAAAACCUGCCAUUCAUCCUUGGA